UCGUUCAAUCAACAUCUAAAGUGUAAGUGGCCGAAUUACAUACAGAAAUGAACGGAGAAAAAUUUCGGCCUGUAUUUUGGCUCCAUCGGGUAUGAUCUGAGUUAAAAGUAAGAGCUUGACAACGCCGAAUGGACGGGCCCCGUGUUACAGAAAGGCAACGAAAUUCUGCAUAUGUCAGCGGGGCCCUGAACAACUUUCUAUUCCUUCAUUCUUUUUCUUUCCCCUCCGUCGCUGUUCCCGACGAUGAGUACACAGGAUCCUAACGAAAAACUGACGGAAAGGAUCUCAGGCGACCAUGAAUCUGCUGUUACAGCCUAUGAUGCCGACCCAUUUCCAGAGGUUGCAGAGCGAGAAGUUGUACAACUGGCGAGGUCGUUGACAAAUGCCUCGCUAGCGGGACAGGGCCUUCGUGACGACGACAAUCCAUUUGAGGGCAGCACGGACCCACGGAUGGAUCCCCGGUCCGGUAAAUUCGACUACCACUUGUGGACUCGCUCUAUUCUUCAGAUCACCUCGCGUGAUCCCGAACGGUAUCCUCGUCGUACAGCUGGUGUCAGCUUUCAGAAUUUAAAUGUAUAUGGAUACGGGAAGCCCACUGACCACCAAAAGACCGUCGGGAACGUGCUGCUCGACUUGCCCAAGAUGAUUCGGGGUCUAUUUGGGAGCAAGGGUCGGAGGAUAGAUAUUUUGAGGGAUUUUGAAGGCGUUCUCAAGCAUGGCGAGAUGCUGGUUGUUCUGGGUCGUCCUGGCAGUGGUUGUACGACAUUGCUCAAGACCAUAUCUGGUGAAACCCACGGAUUUUUUGUCGAGAAGGACGCCAAGAUCAACUAUCAAGGUAUUCCAUGGAAGACAAUGCACCGCGAUUUUCGCGGCGAAGUUGUUUACAACGCGGAGACCGACGUCCAUUUCCCUAAUCUCACUGUUGGGCAAACUUUAUCCUUUGCUGCUCGUGCUCGUACGCCCCGCACCCGUUUCCCUGGUGUCUCGAGGGACAUGUGGGCCGAGCACAUGCGGGAUGUCGUAAUGGCGGUAUUUGGUCUUUCCCAUACGUUGAACACUAAGGUCGGAAAUGACUUUGUUCGCGGUGUUUCUGGUGGAGAACGUAAACGCGUCAGUAUCGCCGAGGUGGCGCUUAGCGGUAGUCCCCUACAGUGCUGGGACAACAGUACUCGUGGUCUUGACAGUGCAACAGCAUUAGAGUUCGUUAAAACUGUGCGGCUAUCUACCAAAUAUGCGGGCGCUACUGCGGUUGUCGCGAUUUACCAGGCUUCUCAGGACAUCUACGAUAUCUUCGACAAGGCCGUCGUUCUUUAUGAAGGGCGCCAAAUUUACUUCGGCCGUACGGAGACUGCGAAGCGGUUCUUCGUUGAGAUGGGUUUCCACUGUCCGGAACGCCAGACCACUGCAGACUUUUUGACUUCCCUCACUAAUCCCGCCGAACGUCAGGUUCGACCAGGGUAUGAGUCAAAGGUUCCUCGCACACCUGACGAGUUUGCUAGAGCAUGGAAGGAGAGUGACGAGCGAAAGCGUCUAUUACAGGAGAUCGAUGAAUUUGACAGGGAAUACCCUGUUGGCGGCGAUCAGCUUGACAAAUUCCGAGUUUCACGGAAGGCUCAACAGGCAAAGGGAAUGCGUGCAAAGUCCCCGUAUACUCUCUCUACGCCUAUGCAAGUUAAGCUAUGCCUUCACCGUGGCUUCCAGAGAUUGCGUGGAGACAUGACUUUGUUCUUCACUGCCGUGUUCGGAAACUUUAUCAUGUCGCUGAUCAUCUCUAGUAUUUUCUACAACCUUCCCAAGGACACCAGCAGUUUCUAUAGUCGUGGGGCAUUGCUUUUCUUCGCAAUCCUUAUGAACGCUUUUAGUUCCGCUCUCGAGAUUCUUACAUUGUACGAACAACGCCCUAUCGUCGAGAAACAUUCGCGUAUGGCAUUCUAUCAUCCGUCUUCUGAAGCGAUAGCUUCCAUGAUUUGCGAUCUACCUUCGAAGAUCCUCACGGCCAUAAGUUUUAAUACGGUUCUCUACUUUAUGACCAACCUGCGUCGUGCAGCGGACGGAUUCUUUGUCUUCCUCCUGUUCUCGUUUAUGUGUACUUUGGCGAUGUCCAUGAUCUUCCGGACUAUCGGUGCACUGUCCCGGACGAUUUCCCAGGCAAUGGCUCCUGCUGCUAUUCUCAUUCUCGCAUUGGUUAUCUACACAGGUUUCACGAUCCCUACAUCCGGAAUGCACGUAUACUUCCGAUGGAUCAACUACAUUGAUCCCAUUGGUUAUGCGUUUGAGAGUCUUAUGGUUAACGAAUUCGAUGGCCAGCAAUAUCCUUGCUCCGCUUACGUACCAUCAGGACCAUCGUACUCUGAUGUCGGCCCUACAAAUCACAUCUGUUCGACGACAGGAUCCGACGUUGGUUCAGGCUUCGUGUUGGGCACCCGGUAUCUCGAAGAAACAUUUAAGUACCGUCGUUCGCAUCUCUGGAGGAACCUUGGCAUCAUCAUUGGCUUCAUUUGCUUCUUCUGCUUCACAUACAUGACGGCGACUGAAUACAUCACCGCAGCCAAGUCCAAGGGCGAAGUUCUCGUGUUCAGACGUGGGCACCUUCCCCCCAAACCCAGCAAGGCUGAUGACGAAGAGGCUGAUGGCGAUGCACUUGACGAGAAUAAGACUUCUUUGGUUCGUCAGCAAGACCAGGCAGUUGGGGCGCUUCAGAAGCAGACAGCUAUCUUCCAUUGGGAGGAUGUCUGUUAUGAUAUUAAAAUCAAGGGUGAACCGAGACGAUUAUUGGAUCACGUCAAUGGUUGGGUCGAACCGGGUACAUUGACUGCUCUCAUGGGUGCUUCUGGUGCUGGUAAAACAACAUUGUUGGAUGUGCUGGCGAGUCGUGUUACUAUGGGUGUUGUCACGGGUUCUAUGUUGGUUGAUGGUCAUCAACGGGACAGUUCAUUCCAACGUAAGACAGGUUAUGUUCAGCAACAGGAUUUGCAUCUCCAGACGUCGACUGUUCGGGAGGCUCUUGAGUUCAGUGCUAGGUUACGGCAACCAAAGCACAUCCCGGACGCCGAGAAAGUGGCAUACGUCGAAGAAGUCAUUCGUUUGCUAGAGAUGGAACCAUAUGCUGAUGCUGUCGUCGGUGUUCCUGGUGAAGGUCUCAACGUCGAACAGCGCAAGCGUCUAACUAUCGGUGUGGAAUUGGCUGCCAAGCCUGAGCUGUUGCUCUUCCUUGAUGAGCCUACUUCGGGUCUAGACAGUCAAACCGCGUGGUCAAUUUGCACGCUUCUCCGUAAACUGGCGAAAAAUGGACAAGCCAUUCUAUGCACUAUCCACCAGCCCUCCGCGCUUCUCUUCCAGGAAUUCGAUCAACUAUUGUUCCUCGCUAGUGGUGGGCGAACAGUUUACUAUGGCGAUAUUGGUGAGAACUCGCAGACGUUAAUCAACUACUUUGAGCGUAACGGUGCCCCGCGGUGUCCCCCUGACGCCAAUCCGGCUGAAUGGAUGCUUCAAGUUAUUGGUGCCGCCCCUGGAGCCGUUGCCACCCGUGACUUCGUUGAGGCAUGGAACCAAAGCCCGGAGCUCGUCGCUAUCAAAGAGGAGUUGGCACGCAAACGUGAGAAUGCUAAACCUGUCGAUCCGAUGGCUGUCACCGACGUUAAUGCGACUCGCGAGUUCGCUGCUCCUUUCUUCUCUCAAUAUCUUAUUUGUACAUAUCGGGUUUUCCAACAAUACUGGCGCACUCCUUCGUAUAUCUAUUCCAAAACGGCUCUUUCGGUUUUGACGGCACUGUUCAUCGGUUUCUCAUUCUUCAAAGCCGAUAAUACUCUUCAAGGUCUUCAAAACCAGAUGUUCUCCGUUUUCAUGUUGAUGACAAUCUUCGGUAAUCUGGUCAAUCAAAUCAUGCCCCAUUUUGUCACACAGAGAUCGCUGUACGAGGUCCGAGAACGUCCGUCGAAGACUUAUUCAUGGCAAGCCUUCAUGUUGGCAAAUAUUACAGCCGAGUUGCCCUGGAACUCGCUGAUGGGUGUGUUGAUCUUCUUCUGCUACUAUUACCCCGUGGGGUUGUACGCCAACACUUAUGAGACGGACACCACACACGAACGCGGCGCCUUGUUCUUCCUCUAUGUCUGGUCCUUCCUCAUGUUCACAUCGACGUUUACGGACAUGAUCAUUGCUGGUAUUGAAACAGCCGAGACUGGAGGAAACCUUGCCAACAUGCUAUUUUCGUUGACACUAGUGUUCUGCGGUGUCCUUGCCGGUCCAGACGAAUUCCCCCAUUUCUGGAUCUUCAUGUACCGCGUAUCCCCAUUUACCUAUUUGGUGGACGGUCUGUUAUCGACGGGUCUGGCCAAUACGGCGGCGACCUGCUCGGAUAUCGAGGUUUCGGUGUUCAACCCUACGAACGGAACAACUUGCUUUGAAUACCUCGCGGACUACAUGAAGAUAGCCGGAGGCCAUAUUUCGAAUCCCAACGCGACGUCCAACUGCCAGUUCUGUUCCGUCACGUCAACGAAUGCUUUCUUGACCCAGAUCAAUGUAUCGUAUGAUCACCGAUGGCGGAACUUCGGUAUUUUCUGGGUGUACAUCGUCGUAAAUAUCGCUGGCGCACUCUUCUUCUAUUGGCUCGCUCGUGUGCCAAAAGGUGCCAAAGCAAGGAACAUCUAGAAGCAUUGAUGAUCUACGUACUGAUAGUUUUUUAUGACGCUAUGAAAUUUAUUCCCCCUCGCAUGACAUAGAUACCUUUGGGACUCCUUCGCAAAUUCAUACACAUACAAUCGCACACAUUUGAUCUACAAGUAAUUACCUACAUGUACUAGUAUUACAAUCUAUUCUGCUUCAUUGGAUUUCAUUUUGUCGUUCUUGCUAUAUCACACCGCUCCUUUUACGUCUACUUCUCCUUCAUGCUUUCGCUCUAGACGCUCACCAGGAUUUUGCUCUAUCUUUAUCGAUAUAUCUCGUGGUACUCAAUAGUGUAGCUACUCCUCUAAUGAAUUGAUCUUCUACGCAACUUUCCCAA